AUGCGUAUCCUUUCAAAUCAAUGUGUGGUGCAUAGGCAGGCACUAGCGGCAAGCUUGCCACAAGACCAUUUGCCCUAUAUCGUCGUUGACCGUCGCUCUGGACGGUCUCUGUCUCGUUUUCCAGGUAGCGGUGCAACGCAAUAUCUGACGACGCGAGCUCGGCAGCACCUAUGCGCACUACUGAUGAUGGCGUCCUCCAUGUUUGGCGCCAAACAGCGUAUAAGUAAGCCGCUCAGCGCGCUCGCCGUCCACACUGGGCGCCAUAUAGAGAAAUAA